AACUUCCUCGUGACACCUCGUGGUAUCCAUUGAGCUGUCCAACUUUUUAUUUUUAUUUUAUACAUUACACAUACAUAUUUGAGUUGCAUUAACCGGACAAAGAAAACUAAUAUUGCGCUGACGUCCUCUUAAAGUUUUCGUCUUUUUACAUUUUAGAUUGGAGAAAUGAUGUCGCGUGUGUCCAAGUGUACGGGUGUAACGGUGAACACGUACAUCAUGAAAAAAUAAAUUUAUUUUGUCAUGACGUACAUAUCCCAUAACUACGCACCGCCGUUACACCUGAACUCGGACACCCUUCCCGCCACCACCGCAAGCCGCCUUCGGGCACCAAAAAAAAUAAAAAAUUAAAGAAACGUUAGUAGAUAGGAACAUUUAAAUGUUUACUAAUAAAAUUAUAACUAUUGCCUACAUCGUGUUUCAAGAUGCUACAGGUCGAGGAUUGCCGCGCCCCCCAUACAGCUAGACGGCUGCAGCAGCGGGAUCGGACCACAGAUAUAUAUAAUAACUAGAUACCCGACUUCUUCUUAUCAAUGACGCUGGCAGCCAUUUACAACUAUGGCAAUGUUUACAAUGAUAACAAUAGUUCAUAUCAAACAAGCCUGUUGCCCAACUUACUGACUAGUGACUACAACUUUACUGUGGUACUGACCCUUUUUCGACGAUUAUUGUAGGUUUUUGAAUAAUUAUUAAUUUAAGAUGGUGAUGUCAUGUUGUGUACAUUUUUGCACGAAUCGACAUUCAACAAAUGAAGUUAGAAAAAUACACUUUUUCUCAUUUCCACUUAAAGAUGCAGAAAAAAAUGAGUUAUGGAUAAAGGCAGUAGGUCGAAAAGAAUUUAUCCCUUCUAAAUAUAGCAAGGUGUGCAGUGAUCAUUUUGUUCAAACUGAUUUUAAACAAACUGUUGGUGGUAGCUACAAGUUGAAGCUUAACUCAAACGCUGUGCCUUCAAUUUUUCCAUCAUAUUCCAAACAUGUGUCUCAAUUAAAAAUACCGGAACUAGAAGGCAUUGAACCUAUUUCACCAGAUUUGAUCCCACUCUUAAAUACAACUAAUUUGACCCCAAGUACUAUCGUAACAUCUAGUAAUAAUCCAGAUUUACCAAUAAUGAUUACACCUGAAAGGUCUGUUAUUAAUACCAGUUUUGAGCCAUUAUUAAUAACACCAUCAAGAGCAAUUUUCUCUAGAUCAAACUAUAUUCAAAGAAUUAGAUUGCACUAAUAUAAGUAUUUUGGAAAGACCUCAUAAGAUGAUAAUUAUUAGUUUAUUAACAAAAAAGUACCUGAGUGUUAGGCUUAAAUCAUUGGGAAAAACAACUUCAAACAAUUUUGCAGUUAGUAAACGUCAAAAACUGACAAAAUUGAUUUUGUUUGCUAAUCAGUAAUUAUUAAAAUAUACCUAUAUUUAACUAUAUGUAAUUAUGUAUAUUUUUCACUGUAAUUACAUUUAAUACACCUAUAUUUACCUGUGUGUAAUUAUGUACAUUUUUCACUGUCAUUACAUUUAAUGUAGACUAUGCUUCUUCUCCCUAGCCUCUAUCCAGUACUUCUUUUUCGGUCUUCCUAGCUGUUCAAAAUAGACUAUGAUUGAUGACAUAUUUCUAUGAUCAUAAAGAGUGAAGUUGAGGGUCAAAAUCAAUUGAACCAAAUUUUGAAAUGGGCAGCUUACAGUAAAG